AUGUUUUUUUUUAUAAAUAAGCGAUUGAUGAAUAUUCAAAGAAAUUAUCACACCAAUUCUACUAGCAUAAAUGUGUUAACAAAUAAAGAAAUAAAUAGAAAAAAAAAACAACAAACAUGGAUGAAGAAGAUAAAUGCAAAGGAAAUACCACGAAAAAAAUUUGGAAACAAAUUAGGAACUGUAGCAAAACAAUUAUAUUUAUUAGCAGAUUUAAAAGGUAAUCCUAUAAAUGAUAAUAUUUGUAAUCCCAAUGGGGAAAAAGAUAUUAAAACAAAAUUAGAUAAUUAUUAUUUUCAAAACGGUUUAAGAGAUAAUAAUCAGUCAUAUGUGAAUAAUAUUAGCAAGAUUGAAAAUAAGAAUGAUGUUGAAAUUUUAGAAGGUUUGUCUAAUUAUAAAAAGUCAAAAUUACAAUGGGAUGAAAUAUGUGAUGAGCUAAAAUACCAUUUACCUUUUUUACAACCAUAUAGUAUUAGUAUGGCAUUAAAUUAUUUAUCAAAAAUAAAUUAUAACGAAUAUGAUAUUUUUAAAUUAGUAGCAGAACAAAUAGAUGAAAGAUGGUUAAAAAAUUUUAAUAUAAAAGAUUUGUGUCAAUUAUUAUUGUCUUAUUCAAGACUUAAUUCAAAAUUUUAUGUGUUCAUAAAUUUAAUAAGUAAAGAAUUGUUAUAUAAAAUAUGCUACUCAGAUUUCGAAGAUUUAUCAUUGAUAGCUUAUGCAUAUACAAAACUAGGGAUGUAUGAUUACGAAGUUUUUCUUCAUAUAUGUAACGAAGCAAAACAUAAAAUUAAAGAUGAGCAGCUUAAAAAUGGUCAGCCAAAAGGGGAUGACACUAUUAACGAUUGUGAUAUAAAUUGUGGAACUGAAAAAGUACCAAAUGUUAGUAACCAUACAAGUGAUACUGACGUAAGCAGAAUUGAUGUGGGAGACAAUAAGAAAUAUUCUCAUUUGUCUCUUUUGGCGUAUUGCUUAGGAAAAAAUAAACAUAAUGAUAGUAUGUUACUAAAUUUAAUAGUAGAAUAUAUAGAUUUAAAAAUUGUAAAUAAUAUAGAUUUAAGUAAUUUAGCAUAUGGUUUUUCUGUAUUAAACAUUUAUAAUAAUUGUUUAUAUGAAAGUUUAUGUAAAAAAAUUUAUCAAGAUAUAAAUAAAAUUGAAUCAUUGCAAAAAAUAAUUAUUAUGGGAUAUCUUUUAAAAUACCCACAAUAUAAAAUGCUCGAUUUAUAUUAUAUUUAUUUAAAAAAUAUAAAUGAAGAAAUUAAAAAGGCUAAGAAAAAAAUAUAUAAAGAAGUAGUAUUUUUAAACAUGUGUAUAAAUAGUUUUUCAUGUGAUAAAUUUUUAAGCAUCCUAUUCGAUUCAGUAAAUAUAGAACCUUGUGAAAAUGAUAAGAUAAAUAAAUUAUUUUUUUUAUAUAAUUUUUUAAUUACCUAUGUAGAUUAUUUUAUGAAAAAUAAAAAUGUAGACUCUCGAGAUUAUCCUAAAAUUCUGACCAUUUUAUUCAAAAUUUUGUACUUUGGCGAUACUAAAAGUGGUAACAGCAUUGAUCUAAAAGAUGUGAAUAUAUCAGAGAGUAAUAAAGACCAACUUAUAUUUUUUGAAAAUUAUAAGAAACAAGUAGACAUACAUAAAGCAGCACUUUUACUCGACCUAGCAUUGGAUAAUAUCAUAAAACAAGUUGGCAAACUUCAUAAAUAUGAUUUGAAUAAUAUUAAAAGUUUAUUAAAUAUUUGUAUAGAAAAAAAAGAUAUAAAUUGCGAAUUUAAUUUUAUGCAGAAAGCAAAAGCCAUCUUAUCAUGUUAG